AAAAGAGAUGUAAUAUCUGACGGAAUCCAUGUUGUCCUACUGAUAUUCAGGGAAACGUUGCAUGAAAUUAUUUCGUUAGAAACACCGCGAUAACCCAUUGUUAAAAAAAAUUGAAAAUUCAGAAGAUCUUCACAUAAGCGAUGGAGAUUCUGAUAACAGAAGUGGAAGUGAAAGAUGUAAGGUUCCCAACAUCGUUAUUAGCUGACGGAAGCGAUGCUAUGCACACUGAUCCUGAUUAUUCUUGCGCGUACAUUACGAUUAAGACUAACGAAGGAAUCGAAGGAUAUGGAUUAACAUUUACUUUGGGUAGAGGCACAGAAAUUGUCGUACAAGCUUGCAAAUCAAUGUCGUAUUUAGUGAAAGGACAAAAUGUCAAUGAAAUUUUUACACACUUUGGAUCUUUUUGGAGAAAACUAACGAGUGAAUCGCAAUUAAGAUGGAUCGGACCAGAAAAAGGCGUUAUUCACCUCGCUACGGCUGCUAUAAUAAAUGCAUUGUGGGAUCUGUGGGCUAGAAUAGAAAAUAAACCUGUUUGGAAAUUACUUACGGAUUUAUCCCCUGAACAAUUAGUCUCUACGAUUGAUUUCAGAUACAUUACCGAUGUUAUUACGAAAGAAGAAGCAGUGAAAUUACUGAAAGAGAAUCAAAAAGGAAAAGAAGGACGCGAAGAAAUGCUACGAAGAAAUGGAUACCCGGCGUAUACAACGCAAGUGGGAUGGCUUGGAUAUAACGAUGCUAAAGUUAAAGAGCUUUGUAAUAAAUUUUUAUCUCUUGGCUUUACAUCUUUCAAGGUAAAAGUUGGUCAAAAUGUAACGGACGACAUAAGAAGAUGCCGAUUGGUACGCGACGCGAUAGGACACGAAAAUAAAUUGAUGCUAGAUGCUAAUCAAAUAUGGGAUAUCAACGAGUCGAUCGAGUGGAUGAAACAAUUGGUAAAAUUCAAACCAAUUUGGAUUGAAGAACCAACAUCUCCUGAUGAUAUAUUAGGGCAUGCGAAAAUCGCAAACGAAUUAAGACCGUAUGGCAUCGGUGUCGCGACCGGUGAAAUGUGCGCUAAUCGCGUGAUGUUUAAGCAAUUAUUACAAGCGAGAGCAAUCGAUUAUUGUCAAAUUGAUUCAGCUAGAAUAGGAGGAAUCAAUGAAAUAUUAGCUGUUUAUUUGAUGGCAAAAAAAAUGGGCGUUCCAGUAUGUCCACAUGCUGGAGGCGUAGGUUUAUGCGAAAUGGUUCAGCAUCUCCAGAUGUGGGAUUUUAUAUGUUUGAGUGCAUCUACCGAAAAUCGUGUGAUAGAAUAUGUCGAUCAACAACACGAGCACUUUGAACAUCCUGUAUGUGUUCAAAACGCUUCUUAUAUGCCACCCAUGAGUCCAGGCUAUUCAACCAAACUUAAUGAAGAAUGUAUUAAGAACUAUUCAUAUCCAAAUGGAGAAAAAUGGAAGGACAUGUACGAACAGGGGCUUUUCUACAAAUCAUUUAAUUAGAAUAAAUACAAAAAUUUAUGUCAACUUAAAUCUGUAUAAUAAGCUAUAUUUUAAUAUAAAUGAAUUGAAAUGGGCAUCAGCACUUUAAAUACUUAAUAAAAUAAACUGAUUUAUUAUUUUUA